CCGAAUCCCACAUGUUAUACCCCCUUUUCAUAGACAUAAGUACUAGAUAUAUACAUGUGACGUAUGUACACAUGUAAUUUGUGUACAUACCAAUAAUUAGAACCACUUAUUUAGAAAAUUUUAAAUUUAUUUUGGUGAAAGCUUCUCAAGGUAUUAAAUUGGUAUAAAUAGCUGCUCCAUAUCUCCUACUGCAAACAUCUCCAACAAUUAACCAAUUCAUCAUUCAUUAAUCUCCAAAUCCAUCUUCUUCUUCUUCAAUGACGAUCAAGGUCCACGGCGGCAUCUUCUCAACUGCAACGUUGAGAGUUCGGGUUUGCCUCACUGAGAAAUCUCUCGACUACGAGUUUAUCCCCGUCGACUUGCGCUCCGGCGACCACAAGAAGGAACCUUUCAUAUCUCUCAACCCGUUCGGCCAAAUCCCGGCCUUUGAAGAUGGAGACCUCAACCUCUUUGAAUCGAGGGCUAUCACUCGGUACAUCGCCCGUGCAUAUGCCGGAGAAGGUACUCCACUAGUAUCCUCGGACGUGAAGAAGGCGGCGGUGGCGGAGGUUUGGGCGGAGGUGGAGGCUCAGAGAUACGAGCCACCAGCCGCGAAGCUAACGUGGGAACUCGGAAUCAAGCCCAUUUUGGGAAUGCCUACAGAUGAUGAUGUUGUCAAGGCUCAAGAAGCAGAGCUGGCUAAGGUUCUUGAUGUGUACGAAGCCCGGCUCGCCCACUCCAAAUACUUGGGCGGCGACGCCUUCACUCUGGCGGACCUCCACCAUCUCCCCACCUUGAAGUAUCUCAUGGCCACGCCGGUUAAGGCGAUUUUCGACGCCCGCCCUCACGUCGCUGCUUGGGCUGCGGACAUCACCGCGAGGCCGUCUUGGCAAAAGGUUCUAGCCGACUGCGGAUUGAAUUGAAAUGCCGCCGAGGCCAUGAGUGUGUGUGUGUGUGUGUGUCAGCUUGAAGCUUGAAAAUGUGCCUUAUUCGGUUUGCCCCCCUGAUUUUCCUUCACUGUAUUUUGAUUCCGCGCGCAUGGUUUUUAAUAAUAAUAACAAUAAAUUUAGGUGGUCCGAGAUCACUUAAAUUCAAUGCA